AUGACUAAAACCAAUGCUGAACGACAAAAACUUUAUCGUAUCAAUUUGUCAAAAGACAAAUCCAAACUAGAACUAGUGAAAGCAAAAGCUCGACGUCGUGAUAACGCAAGACGUAAAAAUUUAGAUGCAAGGUCACUGGAAAAUUUAUGGCUUCGACAAAAGAAUGCAUCGAAGCGAUAUCGUGAAAAAUUGAAGUCCAAAGGUUUAACCAAUUCUCGAUCAUCUACUUACCAAUCCCGUCAAACGCUCGGUAAAGCAGUUCAACGCAC